AUGGCAAGCAAGUUCAGAAAUGCCAACUGGUUGAAAGUAAACGGCUUUGCACCUCAAAUAUUCCUGUUUCGUAACAUCGAAUCAGGACAAGUGAUCUAUUCUCAAACUCCUCAUGUAGGCAAGUACCAGAUAAAACAACAGUUUUUUAGGCCCAAUUGGGAGAACAGAAAACCGUCCAAGAGAAGAGAUCUUUGGAGACCUAUGGCAGUGGCGGAGUUUGAAAAUUACCAAAAGGCCAUACAAGCGUACCAUGCAUUAGUUGAGUUAAGAUAUAUGAGAGAAGUGUCCAAAAGAAAGGAAGCAGAGACAUUAAGAAGAAGAAAUGAAUAUCAGCAGAUAUGGUAUUCGGGCCAAUACAGACCAACGUGGUCGCAGGAAGCUACCAGCGACCUUAGUACGGUGGUGGAUGAGUUCAAAUUAAAGACUAAGAUAUACUGGGACAGUUUAUGGAGGAAAGGCCAGGAUAAGUGCUGGAAUACAGAGCUAGUACAACACACAGAGAUGGAUCAAAUGAGCCCUAGAGACAAGUUUGUUGUGCUAGACGAAAUUAGAGAGAAGGCGUUGAAAUGA